AUGGCGUUGAGAAUAUCUCUGAAGAGCAAGGGCAAGACUCCGGCGAAACCUUCCAAGGGCUCGGAUGAGCACUCGGUGGCUCAAUCCUUCAAGGAGUGGAGCACGUGGGCCCUAAAGAAGGCUAAGGUCGUCACCCACUACGGCUUCAUUCCCCUAGUCAUCAUCAUCGGCAUGAACUUGGAACCCAAGUCGCAACUCUCCCAACUUAUCAGCCCCGUCUGA